GCGCGGUGCCUUCACCAUCACUAUCGCGCACACGGGGGGAGGAGGGAGGAAAACAGCAGCGCCUCUGGAAAACAUCUCCUCCGCUCAUCAUGAAGUUCGUGGUGGUGCUCGUGGGAGCGGGCACGCUGGCCUUCCUCGGCGCGGUCAUCUGCAUCGUCGCCAGUGUUUAUCCUCGGAAACGCGCCGCGCCUCUCGGCGACAACGGCACCCUGACCUCGGAGACGCUGCUCCAGCCCCUGGAGCGCGGAUCGGUGGCUCACGCCGGGCCCCUGGGCGCUCUCCACGGCGCCGAGUCCUACGACGAGGGGAACGGGCUCGGCGGCAUCGGACUGGAAGUUCCCACUCUGAACGAGCUCAACCUCGGGGAGGAGACGGGAGGAGGGUCCGCGAAACAGUUCAGUUUCAGCCGCUUGAUCUGCACACCCGUGCCGGUCGGAGAAUGCAAGACGAAAGAUCUGAGGAAACGGAGGGAGCAGCAGCAGCAGCGGCAGCAGCAGCAGCAGCAGCAGCAGGCGGACGACCCGAUGUACGCAGCCAGGGAUGAGGACUGGACUUAUCUCCGGACCACCGCGGAGGAGCUCCGCCAGAUGGUCCUGCAGCAGAACGACCAGAUCCUCAUGGACCAGAGGACCAUCCGGGAGCUGACGGGGAAGCUGAGCGAGUGCGAGAGUGGCCUGGAGGACGACAGGGCGGUCCCGGAGCGCAGCAUCGGGGUCUGGAGCGGCAACCGCCGCGUCAUGGCCGGCGAUGAUGUGAGCUCUUCCGCCGCGGCGCAGCUGCAGACGGCGAGGGCUGUGGAGGAGCUGGCCAGGGCCAUCAUGGACCUGAAGGACCGCAUUGAGAAACUCGAGGCGGAGAUAGGCCCCGCUGCCUUGAACCUCACCGACACAUCCGUGGGUACAAGUAGCAGCAGCAGCAACAGCGGCAGCAGCAGCCAGGCUGGUAACACCGCCAAGGCUCCUGCUCCACCCACCGGCAGCGCUUCCUCCCCACCUGCGGCGGCAGCCCCAGGGGGCCGCCGUCCUGCCUCCCCCGCUUCCCCUGCUGCCAAGCCCCCAUCUAAGGGUCCCCCCGGGCGUGGAAAGGGCACCUGGAGGGUGGAGGACCUGGAGGGGGAGCUGGAGAGGAAGAUAAAGAUGUUGGAAAAGGAGCGUCAGGCCAUGAGGAAGGAGACUCAGGGCCAGCACGAGAAGAUCAAUCAGGGCAUCGACACCGUCAACCACCGCGUCACCGAGCUGGAACACACGCUGACAGAGCCGUCGUUCCCCGACGGCUUCGUCCUCUCCUUCCCCAUGCGGACUAACUACAUGUAUGGCCUGGUGAGAAAAGAGAUAACUGAGAUGUAUGCCUUCACUGCCUGUGUAUGGUUGAAGGCCAAAGAAGGGGGCAUUGGGACCCCCUUCUCCUACUCAGUGCCGGGGCAGCCUAAUGAGCUGGUGCUGCUACAGGGAGUCCACAACCCUGUGGAGCUGCUGAUCAACGACAAGGUGGCGCAGCUGCCUCUGUCCCUACCGCAGGACGAGUGGCAGCAUAUCUGCGUCAGCUGGACCCUGAGGGAUGGAGUGUGGAAGGCCUACCAGGGGGGAAAGAUGAAGGGGAGGGGAGAGGGACUGGCUGCCUGGCAUCCCAUCAAACCAGGAGGGGUCCUCAUACUAGGACAGGAACAGGAUACACUGGGCGGGCGAUUUGACGCCUCCCAGGCCCUGGUCGGGGAGCUCUCACAGUUCAACCUGUGGGAUCGGGUGCUGAAGCCUGCGGAGGUGUCCGCCCUGGCCGAGUGCAGCUCCUCGGCGCUUGGCAACAUCGCUCCCUGGACCGACCACGAUGUAGAUGUCUAUGGCGGUGCCACCAAGGAGUCCCUGGACCCCUGCCACGCUGCCCAGAGAUCCAAUCCCUCCAGCCCCAAACAGUGAGGGGUGACUGGGAGAAGUCGACCAUGGGUGGUCGUAUUUGAUAGGUCGAUUUAGGAGUGGAUUCAGGAGUUUAAAG